UGCAUGGAUUAUAAAAGCUGGAGCACACCUGCUCAUGCAAUAACGACUUCAGACCUCUGCCAACUGACCUCAGCCUGUUUACCAAAGUUCAGGUGCCUUGAGCGACUCCGCAGCAUGCUGCCCGGUAGAGCGGCUGAUGUCCGGCACUGCGUCCUGACGAGCCGCUGCCUGCUGCCCGGAGCUCUGGCGCUCCUCCUCCUCCUCUCCUGCAGCCUCAGCAGCGCUCACAGCACCACGGUGGAGCACGACUUCCACAUCGUUCACAAUGUCGACAACAGAAGUCCAGAGAUAGACCCAUUCUGGUACGUGGGGCGUGGGGUGAGACCCAUCGGGCGCUUUGGGAAGAGGCACAGCAGCGUGGAGGCUCUGGGCAGUGGGGGGAUUCAGCCUGUCCUCAGGACGUUAGGGCUGGUGCUCAACAGCCUCAGAAACAAGGAGGACCUCGAGAAAGUGCUGGAUGGGGAAGACAGGGAUUGGUUACCAUGACAGCGAGUCCUCCUCCCUUCAUCUACAAACUCAGAGUGUCUUCAUUUUUUAUCUUGAUUGAGGUUAUAUUGCUCUAGCUCUUAACUGUAUUUCUCUCUGGUGUCUGUUAUGAGGCCUUGGUUGACAGGAUCCUUGAUAUCUGUACAUAAAAAUGCAUUCUAUAUUGAUUAAUAAACCAUGUUGUGAUUA